UGGUUUUAACAAAUCACUCGCGUUUCCUUUUUUAUAUCAAAACCCUAAUUUCAUCGGGGAUUCUGUUUCAGCCUCGAAAUACCUAUCUCUCUCUCCCCCUCUCUCUCGCUGAAGCCCUCGACCGAUUGCCAUUGGACCGCAAUCCCUCCAUCGAUCCUCGCCAAUCUCUCCGCAACGAAACUGCAGGAAAUUUUUUCUUUUUCUAAGAUGUCUCCAGCUUCUAAAUCCAAGUCCAAGGACAAAAAGGCCAGCAAGGAACCCCAGAAGGCUUCAGCAAAGUCUUCAGGACCUGCUAUUGCAGGUAGUGGUAUCCCUGCUAGUGCAUACGAUCCACUUUUGGGAACAUUCCAUACCCUUGAAACAUCACCAACUACCUCCGGUUCACCUCUUCACACUAAUGGCCGUUUCCGAAACAUAGAUGAGACAGAUGAGCAUCCUGGAGGCUUGCUUGCAGCUGGGGUUGAGUAUGAUUCUGUCUCCAAUAAUGGUAGCUGGUCUGGUGAGUCCGAAGACCAGAAAGAAAAAACAUCAAUUCUUCCUGCUCGGCAUGAAACUAUACCAGGUGCUGACGGUGACAAGCGGGAGAAAAUCCGCCAGAAGAAUGAACGGAAGCAUCAGCGCCAGAAGGAAAGGCGAGCUCAGGAAUUGCGUGAGCGUUGCACUGGCUAUCUCAUGUCGAGAAAGCUUGAAGCACUUGCUCAACAGUUUGUGGCAAUGGGAUUUCCACAUGAGCGGGCGACAAUGGCCCUCAUACUGAAUGAAGGAAAAGUAGAGCAGUCAGUUAUUUGGCUGGUUGAAGGUGGUGAAGAAGCAGAAAAGCACACGGAUCAAAACCUUGCUGGGAGUAAUUUGAAAAUUGACAUAUCAGAAGAACUUGCUCUGAUUUCAGAUAUGGAAACAAGGUACAAGUGCUCAAAACAGGAAGUUGAAAGAGCUGUCGUUGCCUGUGAGGGUGAUCUUGAGAAGGCGGCGGAAACUCUAAAAGUAAUGAAGCAAGAUCCACUAGAUGCUCCACCUAAACCAGAAGAAACUGGCGAUCCUCCGACCAUUAGUAAUGGCAAGCUUACAGUUGCAGCUACUAACUCAAGACCACAAACAAAAAAUCCUCCUACCAUACAACAGAAAAAGGAUGAAAGGGAUUUCAAUUAUACAAAGACAGCAGCUACAAAUGUAGGGUCUUCAGAACCAGGGAGCAAAAAUGUGCAGCAGUCUUUGAAGAGAAUACAACCGAAGUCAGAAUGGGCAAGACCCCAACAAACUGCUCUGUCAGCUGAGAAACAGUGGCCGAGUGCUGCACCAAGUCAUUCAGCUUCCUAUUCUUUGGCAUCACCUGUGGCAUCACCCCUGCAUCUGUCAACUUCACCAGCCAAGACAGAAACCCGUUAUGUGGCCGUUGGAAAUGAAUUCAAGAACCUUCAGCCUGGAACAGUGAGGGAACCAAUUGUAAUGAUGCAGCGGCCACAAUCUGUGAGUAGGCAGGGGCCAACCACUAACAUGAGCUCAUCUCCUCCUGGAACAGCCGCCAGUUGGUAUCCUACGAAUGGUGUUGAAGUUAUGAAGUCCAAUGGCUUUUUGCAACAAAUUCCUAGCACUAGAGGCCUCAGUCCAAACAAUCUGAGCUUGAAUCAGAUGUACCACCUUCAAUAUCAGCAACAGCAACAGCAACAGCAACAGUUUUAUCCUGGCAGCAGCCCGGGGGAUUCCCCAGGAACCAGUCGAGGGAAUAGUAUAUUGAGUAGAACAGGUGCAUUUCCUACACUUGCUGCUGCUUCCUCCCUUGGACUCUUCUCUGGGUUGAAUUCAACUGGCUCGUCAGGGUCAUCAUCUCCAGUAGACUGGAGCACUGGUGGAUCAGUGUCUCACUUAGAUUACACCAGCGUAGACUGGAGUUUGAAGAGAGAGUCGUCUUCACCAAGUUCUAAUGGGUUGUGGCUAGGGCCGCCUUCUUUUACAAGGAACAACACCCACAUAUAUGAUUCAAAUACUCCUGGAGUUAGUGCUCAGCCGGCCAUGAGAUCAGUGCCUCGUGCAAAUGGCGUGCCCAUAGCAGGGUUGCAGGGCGGUGGAGUGGUCACUGCUGAUACAUCGGCUGCUGCUUCUAGGGAGUGGACAUCCCCCUUUGAAGGGAAAGAUCUUUUUAGUUUACCCAGACGGUUUGUUUCUUCUCCUUCGCUGUAGUGGGUGAAGUGAAAAGAAUUUUAUUGAAUAAAAUGAAAAAAAAGGAAGACCUAGAAAAUGUGCGUGGAUUUCAUGUUGGUGUUGGUUCCUAUGAUGCUGUGGUGUUGAUGAUGUUGUUGGUGGAAAGCUUUUAGUGAAAGAAAAAGAAUCUAAGAAUCCUUCUGCUUGA